GCAGGUGGGAUACCGAGGGGCCGGGGAGAGCUCGGGGCCGGGAGCCCUGCGCGGUUCGCGGCGCUUUGACACUAGCCAGCGCCCCCGGCGCGCCGUGUAAACUGCAACUCCUGGAAACUUCGGCUGCUCCGCCAGGCUUCGGCGCAGGAGCCUGGGGACGCGUCCGCCCCCCCGCCGCUGAGGUGCGGGGGGGAUCUCCCCGCUGCUCGGGGAGGGAAGCUGCGGUUCCCCCCCCCCUCCGCCCCAGCCCGCUCCAACUCCAUCGCCGCCCCUUUCGGAUGGGCUGAGGCUGCGGGGCGUCCCGGGCGCCUUUCCCGGCCUCCUACGCGGAGCGCACCGGACGGACCCGGACUUGAAGGGGCGCGCGGUCCCCUCGCUGCCCGGGGCAGGAGCGCCAGCAAAGGGCCCCUUUGGGGGAGCCGCGGGGGGGGCGCGGGGAGCUCCCCUCCCUCCGUCCCAGCCCGGGCCCUGGACUCGCCUGAAGCUCGGGCCAUGCCGGGCUGGCCCGUCCCGGGGCCCCCCUCCGUGCCGUGAGCGCGCCAUGGCCGGGCUGCAGCCGCCCGGCGAGGGGGACCUCUCCGUGCUCUCGCCGCCUCCCAUCCCCGGCGACCCCCGGCGGGGGGACUUCGUCGCCCUCACCGCGGUGCAGACGGAGAAGAACGAGCCGCCCACGGGCAGCCCGCGGCGCCUGGGGCUGCUGGGGACCCCGCUGCCAGCGCCGCCCGGCGGGGCUGCCGCCCGCUCCGCCGCGCACAAGCGCUACCGGCGCCUGCAGAACUGUCUGUACAACGUGCUGGAGAGACCCCGCGGCUGGGCGUUCAUCUACCACGCCUUCAUAUUCCUUCUAGUCUUCAGUUGCUUGGUGCUGUCCGUGUUCUCCACCAUCCCAGAGCAUCAGAAACUCGCCAACCAAUGUCUGUUCAUCCUGGAGUUUGUCAUGAUUGUGGUGUUCGGCAUGGAGUACAUCAUCCGCAUCUGGGCAGCUGGCUGCUGCUGCCGUUACCGGGGCUGGCAGGGGCGGUUCCGCUUUGCCCGGAAACCCUUCUGCAUAAUAGAUUUCAUCGUGUUCAUCGCCUCGCUGGCCGUUAUCGCCGCCGGCACGCAGGGGAACAUCUUCGCCACCUCGGCACUGCGGAGCAUGCGCUUCCUCCAGAUCCUGCGGAUGGUGCGCAUGGACCGCAGGGGGGGCACCUGGAAGCUGCUGGGCUCAGUGGUCUAUGCCCACAGCAAGGAGCUGAUCACAGCCUGGUACAUCGGCUUCCUGGUGCUCAUCUUCGCCUCCUUCCUCGUCUACCUGGCCGAGAAAGACGCCAACGCGGAGUUCGCCACCUACGCUGACUCGCUCUGGUGGGGCACAGCCUCUCUGUGUUCUCUCCCCCCACAGAUCACGCUCACCACCAUCGGCUAUGGGGACAAGACCCCCAAUACGUGGCUGGGCAGGGUGCUGGCGGCUGGCUUCGCGCUCCUGGGCAUCUCCUUCUUCGCUCUGCCUGCCGGCAUUCUGGGCUCCGGCUUUGCCCUGAAAGUCCAGGAGCAGCAUCGCCAGAAACACUUUGAGAAGAGGCGGAUGCCGGCAGCAAACCUGAUCCAGGCUGCCUGGCGUCUGUAUUCGACAGAUGGGAGCCGAGCCUACCUGACCGCCACCUGGUGUUACUAUGACAGCAUUCUCCCAUCCUUCAGAGAGCUGGUCCUUAUGUUUGAGCAUUUGCACCGAGUCCGCAACGGAGGAGUUAGGAAUUCAGAGGUGAAAAGAUUGCCUGAUGGAGCCCCACCACCAUAUCACUCCUUCACCUCAGGCCAGAAAACCAUCGCCCCUGCUUUUUGCUCUGGGGAAAGCAACAAAAUGGGCAUCAAGGACCGCAUCCGCCUGAACAACUCGCAGAGGCAGGGCAGCCGGGGAAAGCAGCACCUGGCCCCGCCCAUGUGCCACUCCCCCAGCACUGAGAACGUGCAGGAGGCCUCCAGCCCCACCAAGGUGCAGAAGAGCUGGAGCUUCAACGACCGCACCAGGUUUCGGGCAUCGCUGAGGCUCAAACCUCGGCCACCAGUGGAGGUUGACGGCCUGGUGGAGGAGAGCACCGAGGAGAAGGGCUACCAGUGUGACUUGACCUUCGAGGACAUCAUGCCAGCUGUGAAAACGCUCAUUCGGGCUGUCAGGAUCCUGAAGUUCCUGGUUGCGAAGAGGAAGUUCAAGGAGACCCUGCGGCCCUACGACGUCAAGGACGUCAUCGAGCAGUACUCAGCCGGCCACCUCGACAUGCUGGGCCGCAUCAAGAGCCUCCAGUCACGCGUGGACCAGAUCGUGGGAAGGGGAGCCAUUGCGGUCGAUAAGAAGACCCGGGAGAAGGGAGAAAAGUCCCUGGAGGCCGAACUGGUGGACGAGCUUAGCAUGAUGGGCCGAGUGGUCAAAGUGGAGAAACAAGUGCAAUCCAUAGAGCACAAGCUGGACUUGUUACUGGGCCUCUAUUCCCAGUGCCUGCAGAAAGGCUCCAUGAACUCCUUUACCCUGGCCGCCAUGCAGAUCCCCAGCUUUGACCCGGACAUCACCUCCGACUACCACAGCCCCGUAGAGCACGAGGACAUCUCAGUGUCCGCGCAGACCUUAAACAUCUGCAGGUCGGCCAGCACCAACAUGGACUGAGAGGGGUUCCCAGCACAAGUGGGGCAGAGCUGGGAGGACCGGUCCUGAGCCUGGUGGUGAACAUUCUUGUAGACAGACACGCUGAUAGCUAGCAGGCAAGAAGACUGAGCCGUGAACCCAGCCAGGUUGUGGGCUGGGGACCACGGGGCCUCGUCUAACGUUUCCUGAUGCACUAUGAGCCUCACCUUGAUUUUACUUGAACAAGUCUUCCUUCUGACCGUGCACAAGCCGGAAUUAUUAAGCAACUAGUAUUCAGCACCUGGGAGCCAGCUGGGGCCGGGACCCCCGGGGGAUGCAGCAGAGAGAGAGUUUCUUAAAGCAUUAAACCUACAAAACCGACGAGGGAACACCUGGUAUCCAAGAAGCUCUUUUAUUUAUAGGAUCGGCCUCUCUAGACUUUGUCCUCUGCAGGCCGUCUUCUCUGCGGAGGAAAUCCCCCUCUCCUGGCACAUCCCUGGUUGGGGUGGUGCUGCCCCAGUGCAGCGGGAGGGCGAGUUGGCCAGGGAUGCAACGGGCCAGUGCGCCUUGUCACUUGGUCUUUUUUCUGGGCACCUCUCUGGGAACCGUCCUUGGAAUGAGCUUUGACACAGGGUAUGGAAUGACCGAGAGCGUCUCAACUCCAAGGUCGGCGGUUCUGACCUCUUCACCGAUGUACGCGGCAUCCCUGAGGCUCUACACCAUUGCCCCUCCCGGGAGCUGGAGCAGGGUGCUUACUAAUAUCUAUGCAAGGCUCGAUAAUCCUUUACCGUCCAGUGCUACACAAGAGGCAUUGUGACUCGAUUGAAUGUGGUUUCUUCUGGACCGAGGAAAUCGCCGGGGAAUGGUUGAGUUUUGCCUCCCUCCUGGGUUUCCUAUCUUCCAGCGAGCAGGAGCUCCGAUUCCUGCAGCCGUGACGGUAACUCAGUAAGCCCAGUGGAACAGUCUGCGGAGCAGUGCAUGCACGGAGGGCCGUGUGUAUGCAGCAGCGUUUCAAUAUGCAACCUUUGAUCCCGAUGGGAGGGGCGGACGAGUAGCCCAUCAGCCUAGGCAAUAGGUGUUGCCCUGCGCCCCUGGGGCCGGAUCCUGGGCUGCUCGAGUCAGUGGGGUUUCACGGGGCAAAUGCUGCUCCUUUGGAGCCUGGCGGACAGACUCUGAUGGACUUUGGAUCAGGCCCUUGACUUGAAAGGGGGUAACUGGCCCAUUGGACCAAAUGCGGCCCUGUUUCAUGAGUCUGUAGAGUUAACAGCAGGCCUGGAUCUGGUCCAUUGCACCUGGCUGUGGGGGGGGGUGCAUAGGUGGAUGUUGGCACAGCCAGGAGGAGGGUAAGGAUGCUGUAGCUUCGUGUUAGCUCUUCUUUCCCCUCUCCAAGUCUAGUCUGCCCAGCUCAGGCAGCCUUGCCCACUGUGGCUUCCGUACGUCUCCUCGUGGCACGGAAGGCAUCGGUAGCUUAGGGUACCCAAUAUCUCCAGACCUCGUUUUCCCGGAAGUGGUUCCCCAACUGGAUCGCUUCUCUCCUCUGCCCCCUUCUACAGCCUCACCCAUCAGCUGGGCACGGGGCUUCACUUGGGGACCUGCUGUCCUCAGUCAUCCAGCUCAAGUGCCUCUCAGCACGCUGGGGCUUUGUCCAUAGAUCCUGCCCUCCACCCCGUCCCCCACUGAUAGCCCAUUCAUUUCAAACCCUGGUCCCUGGUCCCCCAUGGGCUCCAUAAAGGAGUUCAUUACUGGAUGGGGGCCUUAGCCCCCACUCUGGCUCCUGAAAGAGCCCUGAUUUCCCUUGCACAUCUUCUGUGGUCAGGAAUAUUCAGUAUCAAUUGGAGCCAUCUGGGUCAGGCCUGGAGUCAGAACCCCUUCCCCGGCCUGUUUUCAAGUUGGGGUGCGACUGAAAUCCAGCAGGAACAGGCUCUGGCAAAAGAGGGAUUUUUUUGGCCCUGACAUUUCAGUGUCAUCAAAUCCAUCUAGGAACGGAUUUGGCUUUGAACCCGGAGCCCUCUUCCCAAUCUGAACACCACCCUUUUCCCACACCUGCUGGUCCUCCCAUGGGGGGGGGCUGGGGCUGGGGCUGGGGGGGUAAUAGACCUCCUAUUAACACAGGAUCUCUGCCUGGAAGGAGAGGUGGGAUGUGUUUCUCGUGCCUGCACAUUACCCCUCCUAUGCAGUUAAAUGUCUUCCAGGGUCACCGUGCGUGCUCUGUCCCCCUGCCCCUCGGUCCGAGGCAAACCCCUGCAGAGCUGGGCAGCACUGCCCCUUCCUGCGGUUAAAUUACAUCAGGCACCAGCCUUCCGUGGUGGCCAAGAGCAGCUCUUGAAUUUCAACAUGAAGAGUUUGCAUCCUCCCUCUUCCCCCCUCCCCGAGAGGCUGCCAAGAGGCAGCUCUGUCCUGCAAAGAGGCUAGCACAAGGGGUGGCUCUUGGAAAUGGCUGGGCGAUUGUCCAGCCUGCAAGUGCUUCAGCUGAGAGCCUGGCUCUGGAAUGUGCCCUCCCACACAUACAUGCCGCUGUGCCAUUCCCUGGCAGAGCGGGGGCCUCACCGGACCCUGGCCCCACCAAUGCCUCCUUUCACCACCCCAGGGGCUCCCUGACCUUCACAGCCCCUCUUGCAAUGGUGGGGCGUAGGUCAGGUCAAAAGGACCUCCCUCUCCCUUCGCCCACCCCAGCAGGUAUCUAAAGGGGGGCGGCAGACGUGAGUAGAGUAUAAUCUGUCUCCACACCUUCCAGCUCCCAGCCAGCUCCCUGGAUCUACCGGCAUCGGGGUGGGAGAAACGCCUGCUGUAGGGCCGUGCACCAGAGCUUAGGCAUGGGGGGCACCCUCCCCGUUCAGCUGAGUCCCGCUUGCAUUCCGUGCCUAGGUAGUGCAUGCCGCCUGCCCCCACGGAGACCCCUGCCCAGAGCCGGUCUCAUCCCAACCUGCUUGCAUGCUCUAGCAUGUCUCUUGACUUGUGCAUUGAGACCCUCCACCCCGUGCCCCUGCCCCGAUCAUGGCACCCAUCGCGCUGUGGCGUAGGAGGGCACACACCGGCCCCCUUGCCAGGGCAGACGUCUCUCGUGUCUGUACGGGAUGGGGAUGCGGUCGGGGGGGCCAAGGCUUCGGCCAAAGGAGAAGAAGUAGGAAACCCCUCCAGGUGAUUCCCAGCGACCCUUGUUUCCGAGAUGAAGAUAGUUACCUCACUUUACUAACUUAUUAACUUAUUUGUUUCAUUAAAGUUUUACGUAGA